AGGUGGGGCGGAGCAAGGGGUGGUCCCUCCCUCGCCGCCGUGCCGGGUUGCUGGGGAGCUAGCAGUUCAGUGCGCUCAUUAACGAGAAGCUGCCCCACGCCGCCCCACACCGCCCCCUCCGCUUCGGGACACCUGGGGCAGGAGGCGAGCGAGGGAGCGCGCCGGGAGGCAGGUCCGCAGUCUCCUGCGGGAACUCGGAGAAUCCUGGGGCGGGGUCACGGUAGCGCAGCGCCACGAACCCAGGGACCAGCGGCGAGGGGAGAAGAGCCCAGGUGCUGGGAGAGCUGAGACCAGUGGAGUUCGGCACCCGCAUAGAAGAGCGGGGCGCAGCCGCCCUCUCCUCCGGCCAGGCUGGGAGGAUGGAAGGCGUCCGCUCGCCCUAGAUGGACCGCGAUGCCGCCAGGAGAGACCACCCCGGAACGCUGAUGGAAACCCGGACUGAGGCCAGCGGUGACGCUCAGUCGGGGGGCAGCGGCGGCAACGCGGACGGUGAGGAGUCCUCGGCUGCAGCAGAUCCCAGUGCCCAUCCCCAAUCGGAGAAGAUGCCGGAGCCCAGCAUGAAUGUGGCGGCUGCAGCAGCAGCAGCACCCAAGGGCAGCCGGGCCGUUCCGAAUCGGUGCGUCAGGGACCCCAGGCUAGUGCACCAGCGCUUUCUGCGGCGCAGCGUGGUGGACUCGGACCAGGAGGAGUUGCCAGGUUUGGAGCCCCCGGAGCCGGAGCCUUCCCCGCAACCCCCGCAGCCCCUGCGCAAGGUCCUGCUGCUCUCCAAGACGCGCCGGCUCAUUGCGGAGCGGGCUAAAGGCGGAGGGGCGCGCGCGGCGGCGCCUGAACUCCCAGGGACCCCACAGCCACCAGCAGGCGCCCCGGUACCUGAGGCUGCCCGAGAAGCGAGCCCAGGCCCCGGCAGCCAGGGGGAUGGUGCAGCCCCUGCGAGUGCAGUCACCUCUUCGGCCGCCGAGAGCAGCCAAGAUGUGGAGAAGAAGGAGGCCGCCACCGUGGUGGCCUCGGCGGCCCCGGCAGAGGUGAAGUCUGAUCCCGGGCCCACCAAAAAAGAGGAGCCCGAGGAGGAAGAGGAAGACGAUGAAGACGACUUAAAGGCGGUGGCAACAUCCCCAGAUGGCAGGUUCCUCAAAUUUGAUAUUGAGCUGGGUCGGGGCUCCUUCAAAACGGUCUACAAGGGGCUGGACACGGAGACCUGGGUGGAAGUGGCCUGGUGUGAACUUCAGGACAGAAAACUGACAAAGUUGGAGAGGCAAAGAUUUAAAGAAGAAGCCGAAAUGCUGAAAGGCCUGCAACAUCCAAACAUCGUUAGAUUCUAUGACUUCUGGGAGUCUUGCACUAAAGGAAAAAGAUGCAUUGUGCUGGUAACUGAACUAAUGACUUCUGGAACAUUAAAAACAUAUCUGAAACGAUUUAAAGUGAUGAAACCCAAGGUUCUCCGCAGCUGGUGCCGGCAGAUCCUGAAAGGCCUACUGUUUUUGCACACAAGGACUCCACCAAUUAUUCACAGAGAUUUAAAAUGUGACAAUAUUUUUAUCACUGGACCAACCGGAUCUGUGAAAAUAGGAGACCUGGGCCUGGCAACCUUGAAGAGAGCCUCAUUUGCCAAAAGUGUAAUAGGAACCCCCGAAUUCAUGGCCCCAGAGAUGUAUGAAGAGCACUACGAUGAAUCUGUCGAUGUCUAUGCCUUUGGGAUGUGUAUGCUGGAAAUGGCUACCUCAGAAUAUCCCUACUCAGAAUGCCAGAAUGCUGCCCAAAUCUACCGGAAGGUCACAUGUGGUAUCAAACCAGCAAGCUUUGAAAAAGUACAUGAUCCUGAAAUUAAGGAGAUUAUUGGGGAAUGUAUCUGCAAAAACAAAGAAGAAAGAUAUGAAAUUAAAGAUUUAUUGGGUCAUGCCUUUUUCGCGGAAGACACUGGGGUAAGAGUGGAACUUGCAGAAGAAGACCAUGGUAGGAAAUCCUCUAUUGCCUUAAGGCUCUGGGUUGAAGAUCCUAAGAAACUGAAAGGAAAACCCAAAGAUAAUGGAGCAAUUGAAUUUACUUUUGAUUUGGAGAAGGAAACUCCUGAUGACGUUGCACAAGAAAUGAUUGAAUCAGGAUUUUUUCACGAAAGUGAUGUCAAGAUAGUGGCAAAGUCAAUUCGAGACAGAGUGGCAUUAAUUCAGUGGAGAAGAGAGAGGAUCUGGCCUAUUGUGCAGUCUGAGGAGCGCCGGGACUCAGAGAGCCUCGAUAAAUCCAAGUUGCCACAGGCACAACUCCAGGUUCAGGUCACAUACCAUUCUCAUGUUGGCCAGCAGACUCCACUAGAACCUGAGGAGCCCGAAGCUGACCAACAUCUCUUUCAGCCGAAGCUUCCCACGAGUGCCACAUCAGUGGCAUCGGACAGCACAUUUGACAGUGGUCAAGGCUCCACUGUGUACUCAGACUCCCAGAGUAGCCAGCAGAGCGUGAUUUACUCUUCCCUGCCCGAUGCCAUCCCUCCCACUAUUCAGCGAGUCUACAGCCCACCUGUCAGUGAUGGGCAGGUCGGGACACAGAGCCACCCAUCUCUGGGGCCCUACCAGCAGCCUACAGCGCCUGGACUGACUGUGGGCCCUGUUUCAUCCACUGUACUCCCUGCGAGACCACAGCAACAUUACCCAGAACCAGCAAUGACUUUCUCAGUGCAGCCAACAACAGUUGCUUCAGGGCAUAUGGGGCCAGCUCCAUCUAUGUUACCCACCCAGCAGCCUCAGCCCCUGGCUCAGCCAGCUCCAAUACAGCAAGUUCUUGCCAGUCAGCCCGUGUGCCCACACCAGCCAGCACCUCAUCACUUGUCUCAGUACCCAGCUCCAUCUUCACAGGUGGCUGCUGCCAGUCAGCUGCAGCCCCUACAGAUGCCUCAGGUGCCGCUACAGCCGCUUCCUCAAGUGCCACCUGCCCAGAUUCCUCAGUUUCCUGUCAUUCCUCCAAUCACCCCUCUGGCAGGAAUUGACAACCUUCCUCCAAACCUCUCUGAUUUACCUGCUGCAAAUGCGCCCCCUAUUCCUGCUCCUUCUCAGUAUUUUUCUCCAGCUGUGAUUUUGCCAAGCCUUUCCAUAAACCCUGUCGCCCCUCUGCCGGCUACCCCCGCCCUCCCUGUACAGGCUGUCAAACUCCCCCACACUUCUGUGGCGCCUUUGGUCAUGCCCUGCCAACCAAUAGUGCCAAAUAUGUCUGCCACGACAAUACCUUUGCUGGCUGUGGCCCCGCAAGGCGUCACUGCAUUGCCCAUCCAUCAGGCUGUUACCCAGCUCCCCCCACAACCACUGUACCAGGCUGCUUUCCAGCCGAUCAUUCAAAGUGAAGUUCCCCCCUCCCCCCAUCACACUCAGAACUUACAGGGGGUCUCCCAGCAGCAGCAGCCGCCACCGCCACCACCACCCCAGCCACAGCUGCCUCCACUUCCUCAGUCCCUUCAGCCCAGCGUAAUUCAUCCUUCAGAACAGGCUAUUCCAGCUUCUGGGGCUGGUAACCAGCAAAUACUUAUUGGCCACCCCCCUCCAUACACCGUGGAUGUUGCCGCCCAGGUCCCUGUCGUCCCAGUUCGGGCAUCAGCAGUCCUGUCUCCACCUCUGCAGUUCCAGCCUGAAAUAAUACCUCCCAUCGUUGCUACAGAGCAUCUUCCUCAGAUUUCUGGUACCCUGGCUACCACUACUGUGUCAGUUGAUCAUAGUUUGCCUGUUCAGACAACUGGCCUCCUGCCUCAGCCAAACCCACCCCACUCCCUAGGACCUUCAGCUCCCAUUCCGUGUCCUACUAUCCAGCUGACAGCAGAACCACCUCAAGAGGAGCAGACAAUCCAGGAGAAACAACCAACUCUCCUGCAGAGCUGUGAAAGCUAUGGAGGAUCUGAUGUGGCUUCAGGAAAAGAAAUGAGUGAUAGCUGUGAAGGUGCUUUUGGAGGUGGGAAACAGGAAGGAAAAUCUUCAAAGAAGCAUCACAGGAAAUCCACUCGCACUCGUUCACGCCAAGAAAAAGCCAACAAAUCGAAACUAACUAUCCUUAAUGUAUGUAACACUGGAGAUAAAAUGGUAGAGUGCCAAUUGGAAACACACAAUCACAAAAUGGUAACCUUUAAGUUUGACCUAGAUGGGGAUGCUCCAGAAGAAAUCGCUACUUAUAUGGUAGAGAAUGAAUUCAUACUUCAGACUGAAAAGGAAACCUUCAUUGAACAAAUGAAAGAUAUCAUUGAUAAAGCAGAAGACAUGCUCAGUGAGGAUAUGGAAUGUGAGCAGAGCUCUGAUCAAGGGAUGAGCCCUCAGCAUAAUGCCUAUGGAGAAGACACAGGAGAAGAGAAUCGGCAAUCUCAAGUGAAUGCCCCUGUGUAUCAACAAAAUGUUCUACAUACUGGAAAAAGGUGGUUCAUUAUAUGUCCAGUAGCAGAAAACCCAACAGCAGAGGCCCCUGAAUCUUCUCCCCCUCCUCUUUUGUGUCCCCAGCAGCCUGAAGGAUAUAAAGAUACAGAGCCUUGUGAGGACCUGCUGUCGCGGACAGAACAACCAAGCAUCUUAGUUGGUACACAGCUUCCCAUUCAAGCUGGUCUCAGUGACACUCACAGCAGGACACCAACUCCUUUGGCACAGGCCACUGUACCUUUGGCUGUCUUGCCAAAUGAGGCAGAAAUAGUAGCUUCUGUGCUGCCAGAGCCAGCUCUGUGUGUCCUAGAGCCAGUUGUGAAUGUGGGCCAGGUUGGGACUCCCGCCGAGCAGCCAAUACCAGCUGGUCAGUAUGAAGCUCCUGCCCUGAGCACCCCUUUAAUGAUGGAAACUCAUGAUAUCCAACUUGUGAAGCCUGCCAGCCCACCUGCACAAAAAGUUGACCAAGACAUUUGCGGCCCUACCUUGGAGGUCACAUGUUGCACCGGGGGACGUCGAGAGUCUGUUCUUACUCUUUCCAGUUUGGCAACAGAGGCAGGGAUCUCGGAACUUGUCCCAGAACCUCAGGCGAUGCUUUCUGCAGUUCCUGGGCCUGAGACCAGCCAGCCAAGUGGGACUGCUCAUCCUUUCCUCAGUCAAAUGCUUCCUUCAGCUGUCAUGUCAGAACCACUCAGUCUCAAAGCAUCUCAGCUUCCAAGCCCACCACAAGUCUCUACUGCCAUGCCCCAUCAACCAAGCCUUCCCAGCCAGUCCCAGCCAGUGAGUGGCACUGGCCCUGGAACCAGUCUCCCUCAGCCACCAUCCGCAUUUGAAUCUGAUGGGGAAGGACCACCUCCUAGGGUUGGCUUUGUGGACAACACAAUUAAGAGCCUAGAUGAGAAGCUGCGUAAUUUACUCUACCAGGAGUAUGUUCCCACUUCUUCUGCCUCGGCAGGCACCCCUCUGGAGCAGUGCGACAGUGAAUUUAAGCUGGAGCCAUUGAGUGAAGACUUGCUUCCUGCUCUUACUUUGGCUUCCACCCUUGACUCCCACCAAGCUUCCAGUGGUACCGCUUCUGCUGCUGAUGAAAAACUACCAUCAUUCAUCCCUGCAUCUAUGUCCUCAUACCAUGCCGUGACUGGACAGGGGGUGGAAACAUCAGAAAUGAUACAAAUGGGAGUUGGACCAUCCGAAGUAGACGGCUCACCAAAAAGAGCAGUGGAGCCAUCUCUCAGCGACUCGUUAAGUUCCCAUGGUUGCUUAACAUCUGUCUCAAGCACAACACAAAACCUUCAGGACAUCCCUCCUUCAGUUGUCACAAAACAUCUGGAGACUUCAAAAAGGGAUGAUCAAAUGGAGCCUGAAAUCUUAGUUAAGCCCAUGGAGACUUUGACGCAGACAUUCACAACAGAUGGAGGGCUAGGUAACCUACAGAGGCACAGUUCUCUUGAUUCUGGUUCUCAUCGAAAGCAGAUAGAAAAGGAUGACAUUGGCACACCGGCCAAAACUAUUGGCAGAUUUUCCGUUGUCAGCACACAAGAUGAAUUAACUCUGGCAUCACCCCAGUGCUUAAGGUACUCGGCACCUCCUGACGUCUACUUGGAUGAGCUUCCUUCCAGCCCCGAUUUGAAGAUCGCUGUCCGGCGUGUACAGACAGCAUCUUCAAUUGAAGUUGGAGCUGGUGAGCCCAUUUCUAGUGAUUCAGGGGAUGAAUGCCUGAGACGAAAGCCCUCCAUCCAGAAGCAAUCCUCUCUGCCCAGUAGCAGCACAGCCAGUGAUUUCAUGAAGAAAGCAGCUGCAGCCUUUUUGCACCGAUCAGGAAAGACUGGGUCUCUGGGCUCUGAUUCUCCUAGUAAAAGUCAAGGGAUGAAAAUCCCGACCAUCAGCGUGACCUCUUUCCACUCCCAGUCCUCCUACGUGAGCAGUGACAAUGACUCCGAAUUUGAAGACGCUGACAUUAAAAAGGAGCUGCAAAGUCUAAGAGAGAAACACCUGAAAGAGAUCUCGGAACUACAAACUCAGCAGAAGAAUGAAAUAGAAGCUUUGUACCUGCGCUUGGGGAAACCCUUACCUCCCAAUGUGGGGUUCUUUCACACCGCUCCCCCCACUGGGCGGAGAAGAAGGACAAGCAAAAAUAAAUUAAAAGCUGGGAAGCUGUUAAAUCCUCUGGUGCAGCAGUUAAAGAGUGUGGCAUCUAAUACAAGUAACUUGUCAGACUGCAGAGGUUCUCCCUCUAAAGACACCGCUAAAGCGCGGCCUGGUUCCACCACAGUCACUUCCUCAGCUUCAGGCACGUUCGGAAAGACAGUACAGACACAGCAGCCCUGCUCUGUCAAAGCCUCCCUGUCUUCUGACAUCUGCUCCGGGUUAGCCAGUGAAGGAGGUGGAGCACAAGGCCAAGGCUGGACGGUUUACCACCAAACGUCUGAGAGAGUGACCUAUAAAUCUAGUAGCAAACCUCGUACCAGAUUCCUCAGUGGACCUGUGUCUUUGUCCAUCUGGUCCACCUUGAAACGUCUAUGCCUAGGCAAAGAACACAGUAGUAGAUCUUCUACCACCAGUCUGGUAACAGGUCCCGAGCCAGUGCCCCCAGCCACGCUCCAGGUUCAGGCACAAGUCAAUAACAGCAACAACAAGAAAGGGAUGUUCACGGAUGAUUUGCACAAGCUGGUGGACGAAUGGACAAGCAAAACCGUAGGAGCUGCUCAGACAAAACCUUCCCUAAACCAACUGAAACAAAACCAGAAAAGGCAAGAUAUGGAGCCCCGAGCAAACCCUGCCCAGGCACAAAACGAGGCACGUGGCGUUAAUUCAGUCAGAACAGGAGUGGGGAAACAAUAUCUUGUUCCAGUGCCUGGCCCUGUGUCAGCUGCAUUAAUUCCCGGAGUCACUCCAGCCCUGCCAAUGCCUAUGACAGGUACUCCCCUUUCUGGCCCGGUCCCACCUUAUGUGAUACCUCCGUAUCCAUAUGGAGGAAUGUUCCCAGCACCUGUGUAUGGUGUGCAGUGGCCAGACACAGUGGGCCAGCCUGGGAUUAGAGGAGGGCAUAGCCUUGCACCGUUUCCAGGCCUGAGCAAAACGGGUUUGCAGUUGUUCCCAGUAUACUUACAGCAACCUGCUGUCAACCCAUGCAGCCCCCAGAUGAGAAUUACCUAGCUUUCUGACUCGCCUACAAAACAGGGUGUUCUCUUAAAACACACACAUUCAUUCAUUCUCUCUCUCCCUCUGUCUCACACACACACACACACACACACACACACACACACACACACACACACACACACACACGCUUCCAAGAGACUAUUUGAGCCUGGGGAUGCUAUUUGUCUGUGCAGCUUUGGUGGCUCCAGCUACAACCACAGCAAGCCUGGUAGAACCCACCACAGCCAUACCCCAAGGUUGGGUUUGUUCAUGGCAGUAUUUGCAUAUUUCACUGCUAAAGACACUUUAUUCUCCAUUGUUGUGAUUGUGGUAUAUUCUUUAAAACACAAAUAACUUCCUGUACUUGACUUGAUGAUGACAACAACAUUGUAUUAAUCCUGCAGGAGUAUUUGAGUGCCUUGAAUCUUGACUUUUCAGUUCCUUACUGGAAAGAGAUGUAAAAUAUAUCUCUAUAUAGAAACAUAUAUAUAUAUACGUAUAUACAUAUAUAUUGGAAAGGUGUAUUUUAUUUAUAGUUUGCUUGUGAGUCCAAAAACAAUUUCCCUAUUUUAAGUUGCAAAGAUAUGCAGAGCUUACACACUUUGAAACUGAAGCUUGUGGUCAUUUUUUUUUGUUUUCUACUGUAAAUGUGGUAUUUUCUUUUAAUGACAAGAUAACCUUGACUAUCAUAGGGUUGUAAAUGUUAGGUUGAGAUUUGUUUGGUGGUUGCAUAAACUCAAGAGUUUAAUUUUUUGAAUGAGAAAGAGAAGACAGAAUUUUUUUUUUGAAGUGUUGUUCAAGGAGCAUAUUCAGAAGCUGUAAAAGUGUCCUGCACAGAAAGCCAGGUAAUAAUGUUGGCCAGAGUGGUUCUAUCCAGUACCUGGCCUUUUGGUAAAGUGGUGCAAGUAGUGACUUCUUUCUGUUAAGAGGGACCUGAGAGAAAAUAUUUUAUUCUCUUCUUUAGUUAAGUAUACACAUUUUGCCACACUUUAACCAAAAGGAUGUGCAUAAGUCAGUUUGAUUUGCAAUCUGUACGUGCUUUAUUGGUGCAAGGCAAGAAAAGGCACCAUUGUAAGUGGCCUUCCAGCCCACUCUGAGAAUGCAGACAGUCCUCCUACGGGUUUCUGUCUGCCAGUAGGCCUGUGGUGCUGCUCUCUGAGGAGCAAACCAAAUCGAAGGCAGAGAUGGUGUUUAAAGUGUCUCUACUAUUUGCCUUCUGGCUAAAUACAUCUUUCAGAACAAUAUCAGCUGACCAGCUCCUUUUGCCAGGCUUUUUCUUUCUCUCUUUGCACUGUAGGGUGGGAGCACCCUCCCUCCUCCCUCCCUGUGCCCUAAGCCGUACCCCAGUUUGGUCCCUGUUGUGGUCGGUGGACUCUCCAUCACCCCCCAAGUCUUACACUCCACAGGUGACCGAUAUUUAAAGCCACUUUGUCUGUGGCAAGCUUCCUUUUCAUAGACAGCUCGACCUCGACGGGCUCAUUGUGGGCAUGGGAUGAGAAAAACUUUCCAAGGUGGAACGCUGAAGGCACACUGUUCUCUUCCUGCAAAGAUGUUUUAUACUCCCUGCUGGAAAGCAGAAUGCCCUGUGCUGCCAAACAUGGGAACUGUAUCAUUCUAUUGUACUUUGGAGCAUUCUUAGAACUGUCUAAAUUAUUUGGUUUGUACCCUUUGAGAAUAUAUUAUUCCAUCAAUUCAGUUAGAAUUGAAUUUUAUAGACAAUUAGGCAGAGUCUUCUGCCUGGGCAAAAUACUGACUGUAGUAAGAGAUUUCUGUUCUCUGUAACAUGUAUAUUUGAUUUGUUUGUUUUUAGAUUCAUGUCUGUAUGCUUCAUGAGCAAACAUUAGGAGACUGUUCUCAUUCCCCUCCCCUCCCCCCAUUCCUCUUUGAGCUUGCAUUGGAACUGUCUGGAGUCACUACUGCCUGUUAGUUCCAUCCUUGUACACAGACAGUCAGUGGAACGAAAUCCCCAAGAGACUGUAUAUAUUAAGGAGAAAAAUAAACAUUUUGUGCUUGAAAA